AUGGUCGACGCAACGCCCACUUCCUCCAUCGAUGUGACGGCCCUCCGUGGCGCACUUCCGGGCUCCACGACCCCGAGCCCUGCUGCCAAGGGUCCCUCGUCUGUCCCGUACGAAAUCUUUCUCCAAAUCAUCGACGCCCUCGCCCAGCAGGUCGAGGAGAAGGUCGAGCCUGUUCUGUUCUGGCUCACCUGCUACCCGGCCGCGACAAACGACAUCUUGGUGAUGGACCAGGUCGACUACGCGGGCCUCGGCAACAAGGCGCCGCAGCGCCAACGGUGGCGUCUCCUCCGCAAUGUCACGCGGAUCGACCACAAGACCCGGGCCAAGAUGCUCGAGACCCGCUUCCGCCCCGUCGGGAUGGCCUUCAUGGAGACCGGCUCCGACUUCUUCCGGAUGGGCUGGAUCUGCCCGGCCCGGGACAUGUUCCUUCCCUUCGUCGGCGACCGCUACAAGGUCCCGAAGCUCAAGGCGACCCUCCUGUGGCCCAGCCGCUCGUCCCGUGCCGUCAUCCAGUCGAUCCAGCGCGUCCGCGUCUUCAAGACGGAGUUCUUUCGCUACAGCUUCGGCAACGACGUGGAAGUCCUCCUUUGCCUUCCCAAUGUCAAGGAAAUCUCGAUCGACAUGGGACAGAUCGUCAUCGUCAGAAACACCCCAAAGGCCAAGCGCCACGACCAUGCGGCGGAGGUGCCCAUCGACCCCAUGCUCUUCCCCGAACUCGUUAUGUGGGAGAUCCAGCACGGCAAGGAGAUGAGGCCCAUCUGGGAAGGGGCCAAGGCCAGAGGCGUUAGGAUCCUGGCCCACAGCGGUAGUGGAGGGGCCAACCUGGACAUUCUCGAGCUGUUCCACACAAACAACGGUAUCCGCAUGAGAUUCCUCGACCCGGUCUGCCACUGUUACGACGAGAACAACCCGGUCCUCCUGGCGCAGGCUGCGAGUCUCUAG